GCCACAUGUCUCCUAUUUUUCUUAUGGAAGUUUGGACACCAUUAUAGACCUUGCUGUUCUCUUAAUUCGUGGUAUAUGUCCGAAAAUGACGAGCAGGACUAAAGCACCUAAGAUGAAAGAAGGUGGUCCAGAGGAGUUGCCACUGAGAAAGAGACCCUUCAAAAGACAUGGACGUCUGUAUGCAAAGGCAGUUUUCACUGGUUAUAAACGUGGAUUGCGUAAUCAACAUGAGCACACUGCUUUACUCAAAAUUGAAGGCGCUAGUACGAAGAAAGACUCUAAUUUUUAUAUAGGAAAACAAUGCGUCUUUGUAUAUAAAGCUAAGAACAAAACUCCAGUACCUGGAAAAACUACGAAAAAAACAAAUAUGAGAGCCAUUUGGGGCAAAGUGACUCGGCCUCACGGUGCAAGUGGAUCAGUGCGUGCUAAGUUUAAGAAGAACCUGCCAGCCAAGGCUAUGGGUCGUCGUAUCAGGAUUAUGCUGUAUCCCAGUCGAAUAUAAGCAUCUCUUGUAUAAUAUGAAUAAAUACCAUUUUGGUACAAU